GCCAAACCCCUGCCCUACUGACCUCUCCCCUAGAGGAGCACAAGGGGACUCACAGCCGCCCUGGGCAGAGGCAGGCUCUGAGUGAGGACUCAGAGACUGCAGAGCCUCAGUUCAGUUACAGCUUGAGCCUGCCGCAGUAAUGGAGGACCAGAAUCAAGAUUAUCUGUGAUACUGACAGAGGUGCUGUGAGACAAGGCUAAAAAACAGAGCAGUCACUUCAGCAGAGUGAGCAGGGCUGCAGGUCCACCUACAAUUCCACAAUGGCCAGUUCUGUGCUGGAGAACAUACAAUCAGUGCUACAGAAGACUUGGGUGCGUGAGUUCCUGGCGGAGUUCCUGAGUACCUAUGUCUUGAUGGUGUUUGGCCUUGGUUCCGUGGCUCAUAUGGUUCUAGGAGAAAGGCUUGGCAGCUAUCUUGGUGUCAACUUGGGUUUUGGUUUCGGAGUGACCAUGGGAAUACAUGUGGCAGGCGGCAUCUCUGGAGCCCACAUGAACGCUGCGGUGACUUUCACUAACUGUGCACUAGGCCGAAUGGAAUGGAAGAAGUUUCCUAUAUAUGUGCUGGGUCAGUUCCUGGGUUCCUUCUUAGCUGCAGCUACCACCUACUUAAUUUUCUAUGGUGCCAUUAACCACUAUGCAGGUGGAGAACUGUUGGUGACAGGUCCCAAAGCCACUGCAAACAUUUUUGCCACCUAUCUUCCUGAACACAUGACGCUGUGGCGGGGCUUCCUGGAUGAGGUAUUUGUGACUGGGAUGCUCCAGCUGUGUAUCUUCGCCAUCACGGACAAGUUGAACAGUCCAGCACUUCAAGGGACCGAGCCCCUCAUGAUAGGCAUCCUUGUUUGCGUUCUUGGGGUGUCCCUAGGCAUGAACACAGGAUAUGCAAUCAACCCAUCCCGUGACCUGCCUCCCCGGUUCUUCACUUUCAUUGCUGGCUGGGGCAAGAAAGUGUUCAGUGCCGGGAACAACUGGUGGUGGGUGCCGGUGGUGGCACCCCUUCUGGGUGCCUACUUAGGUGGCAUUGUAUACCUGGGCUUAAUUCACGCCGGCAUACCACCACAGAGUUCUUAGAGAUUGGAGAAUUGUACAACAGGACACCAGAAGACGACGGCAUCGUCCAACGAUCCCCUCACCCCAUCUCUUCUCCUCCAACUUCUGCGAAACCUACCCUACCCAUAAGUGGUUCUGUGCCUCUAGCUUCUAGAGUACUUAGUAGAGCUUGUCUGUGACCACAACCCUUCUGCAAUAAAGCACACCUCAUACCA